GCAGCAGCAGGAUGGCCGACCAGAGCAGGCAAAUAAAACUCGCUGCAGCCAAGAAAAAGCUGAAGGAGUUUCAGCAGAAGAGCUCCCCUGCUAAUGUAGGAGGAGAAAAGGGUGGUGGUGGUGGUGGUGGUGGUGGAGGAGGAGGAGGAGGAGGAGGAGGAGGAGGAGGAGCAGGGGCCAAGAAGAAGAGGAAGAUGAAGGUACUAAACCAACUGGAUGCACCAUCAACAGACAGAGACUCCCCAAUCAUGAAUACCUUUGCUGACAUGAAGGCCACGGGGUCUUCUGUUUCCCAGCAACUAGAGGACCCAAAGGUGGAGCCUGGUCGUGGCCCACCUGCGUCUAACCUCGCUAGCUCUAAUACUGCUACUAACUCUGAGUCUGUCAGCCACAACACUGACCUGCAGGACUACCCGGAUACCAAUGGCGAUGAGAGUUUAACAGAGGGAAAUAGACCACUGUCUUCCACAGAGAGCUUACGACAGCUCUCACAGCAACUCAACGGCCUGGUCUCUGAGUCAUCUACAGCAUAUGUGAAUGGGGACGCUGCUCCUUCUGUCAGUGAGGGAGAACUGGAGAGUCGGAACCAGGAGCUGUCUGCUGCCCUGGAAUCCAGCAACUUAACAAACUCUCAGCUCAAUACCAAGCUAGACCAGCUGGCACAGCAAACUCAGGAGCUCACAGAUCAACUACAAAAGGAGCGAAAAGAAUUUGAACAGAGAUUUUCAAAAGAGCAAGGAGCCAUGCGGGAGCAAUUACAGGUUCACAUCCAGACUAUAGGUAUCCUGGUAUCAGAGAAAUCAGAGCUACAAACAGCACUACAAUACACACAACAGGCUGCACGGCAGAAAACCGCUGAGGCAGAUGAACUGAAUAACCGUCUGCAGGCAACAAAGCAGAGAGUGUCAGAGCUGGAGAGAACUCUCUCCUCUGUUUCAACACAGCAGAAACAGUUUGAAAAGCACAAUAAAGAGCUUGAAAAGGAGAGAGACAACCUGAGGCUAGAGGUGUUUAGACAAAAUAAUGUGAGUGAGGAGUCUAAGCAGCAAAGCUCAGAGUUAUCAGAGCAUUUGAAACAAAGUGCACAGGAGAAUGGAGCAAUGAGGCUGGAGCUGGAAGAUCUUCGCAAGAGGCUCGAGUUAGCUGACCUCAUGUUGCAACAGUACUCCAGUCAGUCAGACCCCACCAGUGCUAACCAGCAGGUGCAGUUACUGAUGGAAGAGAAGCAGCAUAUGGAGGCACACAAUCAUCAGCUGAUGGAGUCAAUUGCUCAGCUGAAGACGGAGAGAGACUGCUAUGCAGAGCAGAUCCAGGAGGAGGGCCGUGUAUGGAAGGACAAAACAGAACAGCUGCUAACACAGGUGUCAUUAGUUGCAGAGGAGAGAGACAGAAACAUCAACCGAGUCCAAGAACUGGAGGCCAGCAUCACAGAGCUAAAAAAUGCUGCAGCAUUAUUGUCCCAAGAGAGAGAGGCUCAGGGUGAUGCAGAGGCUCAGUCCUCAGGGCCAUCAGAGAGUGAGGUGGCUCUGCAGGAAGCACUCAGCACUCUACAACAGGAGAAAGAUGCUCUUACUGUGCAGUACCAAGCACAGCUGCGAGAUAACGAGCAGCUGAGUCGCCUAUGUGCAGAGCAGGAGGCACGUCUGGGGGAGCUGGAGCAGCAGGUGGAGAUUAAAACCCAGGAAGAAGAGGACCGCCGGCGCAUGCUGGAGGAUGUUCAGUCAGACAAGGCCACUAUUAGCCGUGCUCUCACCCAGAACCGUACACUGAAGGACCAGCUGGCUGAGCUACAGAACGGUUUUGUCAAACUGACUAAUGAGAACAUGGAGCUGACAACUGCCAUUCAGUCAGAGCAACAUGUGAAAAAGGAGCUGGCUCGCAGGAUGGGUGAACUGCAAGAAGAGCUGCACAAUGUCAAGGAGCAGCUGGAACUGAAAUGCACAGAGACUCAAGGUGUGAUGGAGCAGAGGGACCAGGUAGUGGCCCACCUGCAGCAGUACUGUGCUGGCUACCAGGCUCUUGCAUCAGAGAGGGAACAGCUCCACCAUCAGUAUUUGCAGCAGAGCCAGAUCAUGGACCGGCUGCAGCAUGAUGAAAGCCAGGGCCGCGUACAGCUGGAUAUCAGUCACAAUCAGCUCAAACAAGCACAGGACCAUCUGGAGCAGUUAGUCAGAGACAACGAACUGCUAAAGGCUGAGGUGAAGGAGUUGAUCAGCAGCUCAGCUCUUCCCACGCCACUCAGAGACCAAGGAGAUGGAGUGGAAAGCCAGUCCCUGCAAGAGAGCCCAAACAAGUCCUCCUCCAUAGUUAUCCCAGAAGACUUUGAGAGCCAGAAGGAGAUGGAGGAGUUUAUCCGUGGAGCUUUGGCUCAUUUGGAGGCUGAGAGGGACGAGGCCAGGAGACAACUGGAGGAGGAGCACAGGCUCCACAUGGCAGCCCGGCACCAGGCUGCUGUGGCACUCCGCCUUGAGCCCGAUCACCACAGCCACCAUCCUGUUCACGACCACCAUCAUCACGAGCACGAGCACGAUCACGAUCACGAUCACAGUCAGGGCCAACAUAGUCACUGUGAACACAGUCAUGAGCAUUCAGAAGGAGGAGUGCCAGUUGAAGUUCAUCAGGCCUUACAGGCUGCCAUGGAGAAGCUUCAGCAGCGUUUCACCUCCCUCAUGCAAGAGAAAGCUGACCUGAAGGAGCGGGUGGAGGAGCUGGAGCACCGUUGUAUCCAGCUGUCUGGAGAGACCGACACAAUAGGAGAGUACAUCGCCUUGUACCAGAGUCAGCGGGCCAUCAUGAAGCAGAAACACCAAGAGAAGGAGCAGUACAUCAGCAUGUUGGCCCAGGACAAGGAGGAGAUGAAGGCAAAACUGGCAGAACUGCAGGAUCUGGUGAUGAGAUUGGUGGCUGAGAGGAACGACUGGUACAGCCGCUACACUGGAGCUGUGGCUGGUGCUGGCUCGGUGAACCCUGACCUGCUUCCUGUCGAGGAGGAUCACACUCACGCAGAGUAUCACGCUCAUACACACACGGAGCUUAAUGCUGUCAGUGGAGCAGAAGCCAUGGAGGUCAUCCCUCUGUCAGAGCCCACCACAAAUCUCGAAGCACUUUCAUCCCAGACGCUUUCAACUGGGUCAGGCCAGACUGACUCCAAGCCCCUGGUGCCCAAGGAGGACGGUACAGCCCAACAGAUCAUGCAACUGCUCCAUGAGAUCCAGAACCCCCAGGGAGCGCUAAGAUCACCCCCCUUCCUCGGGGAGAACCCUUGCAUCCCCUUCUUCUACCGGCCCGACGAACAGGACGAAGUAAAGAUCCUGGUGGUGUGAGGGGUGGGUGUGACAGAGGCUUGUGUGUGUGUGUGUGUGUGUGUGCGUGUGUGUGUGUGUGUAUGAGAUCUUGGGCAUGUCUUGAAAUAUGGGGAAAAUUAAACAACACAGUUUACAAUGUGAGUUGCUUAUGAAUCAUAUUUACAAACACUGCUCAAGAUAUUUGACUCCUUACAAAACUGGUCACAGAUAGGAGAAAGUCUUUGACUCAGUUACAUUUAAAUGUACGCCCCUCCCCGCCCCAUUGUUCUGUGUGCUGGCACUAAUGUGUGCAUGGUUAAAAAAGAAAGGGUAGUUUCCGUUUAUUUUUAUGUUUUUGUGUUUUGUCUUUGAUGCUCUUCCCGGAGAGGAGAUAAUCAGUGUACCUGAACACAAUCAGAUUAUUUCCCUUUCUGCAAUUUUUAAUCCCCAUCCUCUCCAUCUCUUACACAUAAGUGCAAUAAAGGGGCUAUAUAUUAUAUAUUCUGUCCCCUCGCUCAUACAGUACUUAAAGAGCUGUCUGAAAAAUUAGCAGCUUGUUUAUGUGCAACUUUAUUUUAGUGCAAAUCUUUGUUUUACACCAUUCACUGUUGACAUGCCAAAAAGGAGCAUCACGUUUGAAUGUACUAAUCUGAAUAGUUACCUGUAUGUUAGUGUGAUGUGGGGAGAACUGAUGUUAGUGAAAUGGGUUCAGUGAGAGGAAAGCAGGUUGGGUGGCCCAACUAAGAGAUGCAGAGUGAGAUGUAAGUUAAAGUUGAGACAACGCAGGAAUUUAGUGCACAUGAAAUCUUUUUAACCACAGGCGCUGUUCCGUUUCAAAGUCAAGAGCUUGCUAGUUGCAAGAACAGGUUCAGGAAGACAAAAGCAAGUGUUGCAGAUGGUACUGUUCCUAAAACUACUUCCUCUCUCUAUUUUUGUCCUUUAUUCUCCUCAACACUGAAAAUAAGUCAUACAUGUGUGUGUGUGUGUGUGUAAAGUCCAAAAUGUUAAUAUAUAUGAAGCAUUUCUGUUGUCAAACAUCCUGUUAGACUGAGACAAGUCACCACCAGUAUGAAAAGAUGGUUUCUGAGUUAUAGAGGGAUUAGAUGCUAUUUAAAGACCCCAUGGAAGAAAAAAUAAAUACUUUCAGUUGCAGUUAUUACGGCAUUAUUUUGGAGAAGGGCAUUUUUUUAAAAGUGUAAGUAAGAUAAAUUACAUUUAUUCUUUUAAAGUGUUUUGGGUGAUUUCUUUACCAUUGUUUCUGCAAGUGGUCCUGAUUUAUCUUUGCCAUUAACAUGUUAGACAUUAUAGUGAAGUGACUUUAAGAAGGUGAUGGUAAGAUCUCAUUAUCUGCAGUCACCUGUUGUUGUUAUUAUUAUUAUCUAAAAUCCUCAGAAUAUUUUUACAACGCUCAUCUUCAUGAGCUCAACUUAGGUUUCGUGGGGUCUUUAAGUUUCUAAAUGAAUGGACACUGUUAAGGAGAGCCUGUUCUUUUCUGUUAUGCUGUGCUCGUAGCUCUACAUAUCAAAGAUGAAUUACUGCACAUCCUUUACAACUGGACUGCGAGCAUGUAUGUGGUGUGUGCGUAACCCAUACACCAUCUGUUGUACCUUUUUGUUUGUAGAGUUUUAUCAGAUUAUAUAAGUAUGAUUGCACUAAAACUGUACAAAGCUUCUCGUUCAGCUCUGUCCUCCCAGGCUGCUCGGACAGUGUUGUUUCUACCACAGAGCCUCUGGCUUCUGUGGAGAAAACGAGGAGGAUCCUAUGAAGCCACACUGUUAAGCUGAGGGUCCCAUUUGAAGCAAAUGAAUUAAAUUGAAAGUGUUUUGAUGUGUGUGUAUGUGUGUGUGCAGUGUUGAACUCAGAGGAUGGACGAGCUAUGUAAAUAUCAGAAUAACUUCAAAUGAAUGAGACGGCUCAGUUCUAUAAGUCAUUUUAUUCCAUGGGACCAUUCAAAAUUUGAAAAAAUGAACACCUCUCUUUCCAAAAAUAGAGAAUAAAACUACCCAAAUUUGUUGUGUCCCUCAUAUUGGUUAACAGUACCAGGGAACAUCUCCUUUGGGCAUUAAAAAACAAAACAAAAGAAAAUGACUGAAUUUUUCAUCACAGAGAGAGAUGCUUGAGUUCACAAAUGUAGAUUGGAGUUUAGAGCUCUUUCCCUCUAGAAUCGUUAACCAGGAGCUACACUGUCACUUCUCACUUUUACCAUUUUUCAACAGAGGCCUCUGUUUUCUGAGAGUCUCUCCAUGAGUUAAACGUUAAGACAUGAAGCUGUCACUACAGUGCAUACAAAAAAUCCCAUGGGCUACAUUUGGAGAUAUUUUACUCUCUUAUUCAGAUGUUUGAAUUUUGAUGUCCUGUGUGUCCUCCUUAUUUUGAGGUACAAGACACAUUUAGUUAAAUUAUUCAAUUGUACACUUGAUAUUUAUCAUUAAAAGCAGCAAGACAGAAAGCAUUAGUGCAAAUUCUGCUAUUUUAAGCCUGUAAUAAGAAAGCAUAAUGCGAUGAAGAUGUAAAGGAUGUGGAGGCCAUACGUAUUUGGUGUUGUUUACACCUAAGUAAACUACACUGUGUCUACCCAGAGCUGCAGCACUUUGGCAGUAACAAGUAGUUUUUGAAUAAAAUUACAUCAUUCUUGAUUUUUAAAAUUCCUUGCUUCUUAGCAUUCUGUCACUUUUUUGGUUUCUUUGAAACCUGCCACAAAUUUUCCUUACUUGUUUUGUUUUCUUUUUUGGGAGUGGUCAGACCAAGAGGUGAAUAUGUAUUAAAAAACCCUUUUGUGUCAUUUUGGGGCUUGUAAGAUAACAACAAA